GAAAGUGCGAAUGCUGCGUAACACUGCUCUCUAGGUUUUCUUUGGAAUCUGCUGCUUCGUAUGUUGAUAUAGUUCUCCAGACUGCUGAAAAAGCAGCCUUAAUGCUACUAUGGCAUCCACUAAAGCUUCAAAAGAGCAGAAAUACGACAGGCAAUUGAGAUUAUGGGGAGACCACGGCCAGGAGGCAUUGGAAAGUGCUCACGUCUGCCUCAUAAAUGCCACAGCAACAGGGACAGAGAUACUAAAAAACCUGGUUCUUCCUGGCAUUGGAGCGUUCACAAUAGUUGAUGGGCAUACUGUUACUGGAGAAGAUAUUGGAAAUAACUUUUUCUUGAGUAUAAAUCACAUUGGGAAGAACAGAGCACAUGCUGCCACUGAGCUUCUUCAGGAACUCAACAGUGACGUUUCAGGAAACUUUGUUGAAGAGAGUCCUGAGAAUCUCUUGGAAAACAAUCCUGAGUUUUUCCACAGAUUUACUGUUGUCAUUGGUGUCCAGUUACCAGAAAACACAUGCUUGCGGCUCGGCUCUGUUCUUUGGAGUGCCUCUGUCCCUUUUCUCAUCUGUAAAACAUACGGGCUCAUUGGCUACAUGAGGCUAGUGGUAGAGGAGCAUACAGUGAUUGAGUCGCACCCAGACAAUGCCUUGGAGGACUUACGAUUAGAUCAGCCUUUUGAUGAACUGACAAAUCACAUUGCUUCUUAUGACUUAGAAAGCAUGGACAAAAAGGAUCACAGUCACACUCCUUGGGUUAUUAUUGUCGCCAAAUAUCUAGAAAAAUGGCUUAGUGAGUAUAAUGGUCAGUUACCAAAGACGUAUCGUGAGAAAGAGGCCUUCAGACAAUGUAUACGGGAAGGUAUCAGAAGAAAUGAGAAUGGUGUCCCAGAGGAUGAAGAAAACUUUGAUGAAGCUAUAAAAAAUGUCAAUACUGCUUUAAAUCCAACUAAGAUUCCAACUGCUGUUCAGGAUCUCUUCAACAGUGAACAAUGCAACCACAUCACUGAUCAGUCCUCUCCCUUUUGGGUGAUGCUGCGUGCUGUCAAAGAGUUUGUUCACAACGAAGGCAAUGGCAAUUUACCUGUCCGAGGCACAAUACCAGAUAUGAUAGCAGACUCACAGAAAUUUAUUAACCUACAAAACAUUUACAGACAAAAGGCUAUGCAGGAUGCAGCAGCUGUUUCAAAACAUGUGGAGAGUUUAAUUCAAUCCACUGAACUGGCACCAGAAAGCAUAUCUGAAAAGGACAUCAAACUGUUUUGCAAACAUGCGACCUUUUUGAGGGUGGUGCGCUGCAGGUCCUUGGCUGAUGAAUACAGUGUGGAUUCACAAAAUAAAGAUGAAAUAACAUCAGCCAUGGACAGUCCAGACAGUGAGAUGGUUUUCUACCUCAUGCUGCGUGCUGUGGACCGCUUCUUUCAGCAGCAUUCACGCUACCCAGGAGUGUAUAACUACCAAGUGGAAGAGGAUAUCAGCAAACUGAAGCUGUGUGUGACUGGACUUCUACAGGAAUACAACCUCAGCAUCAAUAUCAAGGAUGAUUAUGUCCAUGAGUUCUGCCGUUAUGGUGCCACGGAACCACACACAGUUGCUGCAUUCAUGGGAGGGGCUGCAGCACAAGAGGUCAUCAAACUCAUUACCCACCAGUUUGUGCCCUUUAGCAACACUUACAUCUACAAUGCCAUGUCUCAGACCUCUGCCACCUUACAGCUCUGAACAGUGAGGUAUAUUGGUUUUCAACAGUAACUUAUUUCAUUGAUUAUCAACACUAUGACGGAGCAUAUGAGUCAAAAUGGAUCUUUCAUUACACUCAGUAUUGUGCACUUAAUUGUAAAAGUCAGUGGUAAUAAAUCAGUAAGUGUUUUGUCAAUAAUAUUGUAAAUCUAAACUGGCUAAACUAUGUUAAACUGUAGUAUUUUUAUUUGUCACUGUCCAGUAAGUUACAGUAUGUAGCACUUAAUACAAAAAUACUUUCUUGGUUUGUAUUGGCAGGAAUGAUGCUGAUCUUUUUCUAUUACAAUAAAUAAGUCACUGUUGUAAUAAAAUCUUCUCUUAAUGUUAA